AUGAAUAGAAGAUUACAAAUAGAGCAUGAGAAUCUCAAAACUAAAAGAGCUCUUAUGAGAAAAUAGAUAAAUUAAUCACAUAGAAUUGAUAGAGAUUUUGAUAUUGAUGAAAGAUUUAAUUCAAAUUCAAUGUGUAUGAAAAAUGAUGAAUUUGAUAUUGAAGACUCUGAAUAUUAUGAUUAAUAAUAAUAAACUUGGGAAAGACUUGAUAGAUUAACAUAAAGUUUACCAAAUUAGAGAAAUAGUUGUUCUUGGGUUAUAUUUGAAGAUUGUUUAUAUAUUUUUGGUGGAUUUACCUUUAAUGGAAGAUUAGAUGAUGUUCAUAGAUAUUCAUUUCAUUCAACCUAAUGGUAAAGAUUGAAUACUACUGGCUCUAAACCUACUGCAAGAGAAAAUAAUGGUGCAAUUGAAUAUAAAGGUUAAAUGUAUAUUUUUGGGGGAUGUGAUGGAUUAUUAUGGUUGAAUGAUUUUUAUUCAUUAAAUCUUAAAACUUUGAUAUGGGAAAGAAUAGAACCUACUGGUUAAUGUCCAUCUGAAAGAUUUGGAAUAGCUUGUGGAGCAUAUUAAACGAAAAUGUUAAUUUUUGGUGGAUGUGAUGGAAAUCAUUAUUUAAAUGAUGCUUAUGUAUGGGAUUUUGAAGAAUAAGUUUGGAAUAAAUUAUAAUUAAUUGGAGAUAUACCUUCUGCUAGAUCAUGUCCUUCUUUUAGUGUAUUAAAUAAUUAAAUAUAUAUUUUUGGUGGUUUUGAUGGUGUUAAUAGAUUAAAUGAUUUUUAUAAAAUUAAUAUUUUUACUGGUAAAGUAAAAAGAAUUAGUCAACAUGGUACAAUACCAUGUCCUAGAUAUGUAAUUUAUUAUUCUAUUUAAUUAUUUAGUUUCAUGCUUCUGAAAUAUAUUAAAAUAAAUUAUUACUAUUUGGUGGUUUUAAUGGUUAAGCAAGAUUAAAUGAUUUAUAUGAAUUUGAUUUUGGAAUUAAAACUUGGAAAAAAUUAGAAGUUAAUGAAUCACCUAAAGGUAGAUCUUCUAUGGUUUUUUAAGUAUAUAAUGAUUCUCUAUAUAUUUUUGGAGGAUAUGAUGGAGAUGAGUUACUUAAUGAUAUUUAUAAAUUAGAAUUUAAGAAUGCUCAUAUUCCUAGAUCUAGUUUUUUAUAAGAUUUGCAUACUUUAAUUAAUAAUCCUUUGAUGGGUGAUGUAGUUUUUCUUAUUGAAGAUCAUUAAAUUUAUGCUAAUAAAUGUAUAUUAGGUGCAAGAAGUGAACACUUUUAAACUUUAUUUUUUGAAGAAUUCAGAGAUAAAGAAUAAAUAUAUAUAGAAAUUACUGAUUGUGCUUAUUAAACAUUUAUGGAUAUGUUACUAUAUAUAUAUACAGAUUAAUUAGAUUUCUCUUUUAAUACAAAUAGAUUAUUAAAUCUAAUCAUUCUAUCUGAUUAAUAUUUGCUAUAAAGAUUGAAAUAUUUAUGUUAAGAGUAAUUGAUUAGAAAAAUUAAUUGCAAUAAUGUAAUUGAUAUAAUUUUAUUUUCAAAAAAGUAAAUUGAAAUUAUAAUAAUAAUAGAUAUAAUUGUAAAUUAUUGUUAGUAUAAACUAUGAAAUAAUUAGUUGACAAUAUUUCAACUAUUAAAAAAAGAAAAGAUUUUAUUAAAUUGGCUUAAGAACCUGAAAUACUAUUAGAGAUUAUACAAAAGAAAUGUUGA